AGCUCCUCGAGCUUGGUAUGAAAAACUUAGCUCUUUUCUUUUAGGAGAAGGUUUUAAGAGGGGCUCAGUGGAUACAACUCUCUUUAUAAAAAAUACAGGACAACAUAUGUUACUGGUUCAAAUAUAUGUUGAUGACAUUAUAUUUGGAUCUUCUAGCAAAGAGUUGUGCGAAUAUUUUGAAAAAAUCAUGAAGAAAACUUUUGAAAUGAGUGCCAUGAGAGAAUUAACGUAUUUUUUGGGCUUGCAAAUUAAACAAACAGCUCGAGGUAUUUUCAUUAGUCAAACCAAGUACAUUCAAAAUAUGUUAAAACGUUUUGAAUUUGGGAAUCUAAAAACUGCAAUUACACCUAUGGCCUCUACGAUUAAACUAGACAAGGAUGAGUCGAGUAAGUCUAUUGACGAGAAAUUCUAUAGAGGAAUGAUUGGGUCACUAAUGUAUCUCACUGCUAGUAGACCCGAUAUUCAAUUUAGUGUGUGUCUAUGUGCUAGAUUUCAAAGUGCUCCUAAGGAAAGUCAUCUGACUGCAGUCAAGAGAAUCUUUUGUUACUUAGCUGGCACAAUGGAUCUAGGUCUGUGGUAUGAUAGUGAGUCAAGUCUUGAGUUAAUUGGUUAUAGUGACUCAGACUAUGCUGGAUGCAUAGUUGAUCGUAAAAGUACUUCCGGGACAUGUCAAUUUCUAGGAAAUUCACUUGUGUCUUGGUUUAGUAAGAAACAAAUUUCUGUUGCUCUCUCCACCGCUGAGGCUGAAUACGUGGCCGCAGGCCUAUGUUGUACUCAACUCCUUUGGAUGAAGCAUCAACUUUGUGACUAUGGGUUAGAAAUAAAGUCCAUGCCCGUAUUGUGUGACAAUACGAGUGCCAUUAACAUGGCAAGAAAUCCCGUGCAACAUUCUCGAACCAAGCACAUAGAAAUUAGGUAUCAUUUCAUUCGAGAAUUGAUUGAAGAAGGCCAAAUUCAGCUUGAGUUUGUGCCUACAACAAAUCAAUGGGCCGAUAUUUUCACUAAACCUCUAUGUGCUGACCAAUUUCUAACUAUUCGUCGAGAACUAGGGCUUAUUCUGUCUAGUGAAAUUAACGAUUUAGGUUAAGCUUUUCAAGGUCUGAUUAUGGCCUCUUGGUCUGAUCAUAAUCAGUGGUCUAAGCCUUCUUAAACACAUUCAAUGUGUGUCCUCGGCCUUCAUUCUCUAAGCCCCUCACCAGGCCUUGUGGGCCUAAGCCCAGCUCACUCUCCUGUCCAUCUCCUAGCCUUUCGUGAGAUUCCUGCCUGUUCAGUCCCCUCAUUCGAAAUCCUCUGCUAGCGCCGCUCACUCGGGUUGUGGGCAUAAGCCUAAUCUCCACCCUAGCAGACUCUCUUUGUCGCUCGUGUGAUUCCAGUUCAGCAAAAUAGUGGCGCCUUUCGUUUUUCAGCGACUGCCUAAAAUCCCUAAGCUUCUGUUCGAGCAAAUCACUAAUUUCCUCAUCCCUCCUACCACCUUCAAUCGGUAUAGACUGAGGGUUAAUGGAUAUAUCAAUGACCUUGAGUGGAGUUCUCUGCUUCAGAAUCGACUCCUUGAUCAGUGCCCUGAAGCUGUGAGAAUGUUCUACGCGAGUAUGCAGUGCAGUCCUAGACGUUAUCCGUCGUAUUUCACCACCACCGUCUACAAUUUCAGUGUGACGGUUACUGCUGAUAUGUUGGCUACCCUGUUGCAUCUCCCUCAUGGUGGUUACCAAGCUGGAACUGCAGAAGACUUUGACAGCUAUGGGUUCCACCCCAUAGACACAAUGUCUUACUUAGGUAGUGAUUACGGGAGUCACCAGCUCUCGAUGUUUUCCGUUGAGCGGCUACCGGAUGAUCUGAAGGUCCUGCAGUUCUACAUCAGUCACGUGUUUCUCCCUCGCGCUGCUGAAUAGGCCACCAUUCUAGACGAGUCCGAUCUCUGGAUUCUAUUCAACGCAAAGACAAGCUACCCGAUCAGCUAUGCCUCCCUGAUGUUUAAUCACAUGAUUAAAUAUCAAGAUGAAGAGUGUAGCAGGAAGCUGCCUUUUGGCCCACAAAUCACCUAUCUGCUAGCAAUCUUAGGGGUUGAUUUGCGUGGAUGUACAUUCAGACCUUCAAGCCCAACAUGUUCUACGCCGCACUAUCUCGGAGCUUGGACCUCGAAAACUUGCCAAAGUUCAAGGGGGAGACAAAUCUGCUCAGUCUGAAUCCGAACCUGAAUCCGAACCUAAUGAAGACGACUCGUCGGAGUAUGCUUCGUCUCCGGAUUACGCCUACUAGGAACCGUCGACUACUAGGCUUAGGGGGAGAUCCAUAGAUGAAUUAGGCCUACUAGGAACCGUCGACUACUAGGCUUAGGGGGGAGAUCCAUAGAUGAAUUAGAGUUAGUUGAAUGGUGUGGUUUAGGUUAAUCAAGUAAAAGUCUGUUGUCUCCUUUAUGAAGUGGGUUGGUUUAAUCAAGUAGAAGUUGGAUGUCUCUUUUAUGUUUGAGUCAUAGUCUGUUGGGUCAUUGUUCUUUGCUUGAAUGAGUUUAAACUUUGUCAUGUUGAGUCACUGUGUUGAAUGUACCUUGAUUACUAUUUUUACGAAUAGAAAUGGACUCCCAGUUGUCUUUUCAACUCAUGAUAGCUCUUAGUUGUUUGUUGGACAGGCUACACCAACGGUUUGCUUAAGUGUGCAGGUUCUGAUUAUUAGCAGAUUAAGAGUGAACAAGUUUAGUCUGAAGUUAGUGACAUUCUGUUCAGGGGGAGAAUGUUGGCCAUUGACAGCUUAGGGGGAGAAUGUUGGAACAAGCUAGUCAAAGGCCACUUGAGAAGGAAAGAAGAUCAGGAGCAAACAUGGAAAGAAGGAAGAAAAUAAGAGGAUAGAUCAAAUUAAGGAGAUUUGGUACAACAAUGCAAAUCAAAUCAGAAGAUGGAAUCUCAAGCAAAUCAUCACUAAUAAGGGAAGGUAUUUGAAUUAGCAACGGUUACUUGGCAGCCUAUAAAAGGCGAUUUGAAGGAAGAGCAAUGGAACCUUUUCGGAGAUCAACAAAGCUAGCUAAGUCAAAAGGGGAUUUUGUGAGAGAGUAGCAAGGUUGAUAGAAAAGGGGGGUUUCUCAAAGGGUUCGGGGAGAAUUGCUUUGAGGGUUAGUGUUGGGGAAACAUUGUUAAGAGUUGCUGGGGAAGCAAUUCGGGGUUUGAGAAGAGAGUGUUUGAUCAAUCGGGCUGAGAUUGAUCAAAGGGUUCUUGGGUAGAUAGAUUUACAUCGAACUUCAACGAAAUAUCUUUAGUGAAUCGUCGGAGAUCACACAACAGUGAGUCUCCGACCGUGGAGUAGUCAGUAUUGGGAUCCUCAUUCUCCCAAUACUGGAAACCACGUAAAAAUCGUGUGUUGGGUUUGUUUUUUGCUUUUCAAUUUCCAGUCUGUGUGUCCCUCUGGUUGUGUUCUGUUCCAAGUCAGGUUGUGCAGGGGAACGCGAUCCAGGAGAAGCCAGGGAAGGCGACGUACCUGAACAAGAGUUGAGGAACUCGUGAAGCUGGACUUGACAUAAUUGGGUUCAUUCUUGGCUGAGUUUAUAUUACUGUUUUCUUAACUUUUCUUGCUUUGUUCUUCAUUUUGAAAGAAGCAGAUUAACCUUGGGUCGAAGGAGAGAGUAGGAGGGAACACCGAACUUGAAUUUAAAACACCGUCGUUUUGUUGGGUCAAUUAAAGACUGGGUUGGUUCUACCUUUUAGUUGGGCUGGGUUUUACUAACUUGGUUUAUUUCUCCAGCGGGUAUUGAUUAGGUGGGCUUAGAAGCCCAGUCAGCCAAAAACGGUAGGAUUUAAUUGUGAGCAUAACUGUUAGUCUUGGUGAAGGUUUAAUUCGAGUGAUUAAACUAAGUUAAUUAAU